CUUCAGUGCGUACGUACACAUGAAUAAUCAGCUGAUUGGCUAUUUUUACGAGCUUCGGACGAUACGAAAAUAAAUUGCUUGCGACUUGGACUGUCGUCCUAUCGGAACAAUAUGAAUCGUUGAUAUUUGGACGAAAAUAGAGUUAUCAAAUUCGCUGUGGAGAAAAGGGUCGAUCGUGCAUUAUAUCUAUGGAUACGUUUCCGAGAAACUGCGAUUCAGUAAUUACAGUAAAGCUGACGUGAAUGGAAAACAGUAAACACCCUUUGUGAGGAACAACAAAUAUUGGAAGAUGUCGUCGUCCCCGGAAAGCAUUGCUUUGAAGCAGCCUAUUAGGCGACUGGAGAUCCAAAUUAAUAAUUUCAAUGUCGCUAUACCACACCACGUUGAUUUGUUAAAGAGGCACAAAAGUAAUAUUCAGAAAUAUCAAGCACAACAUGAAUGGGAUAAAAUGCACAAGGAAAAUGUAAAUGUAUCGCGAAUAGUAAAGCAACUCAAGGAGUUGUUGUAUCAAAUGGAUACUCUUCGGGCCCAAGUUCUUGAUUCUGAUAUUAAUCAAUUUGAUAAACUGACUGCUAAUGCUCGUGCAAGUAUUAUGGAUGCAAUUAAAGAUUACUUAGAGCUUGAAUUAUAUUUACCCAUAUCACGGCCACAGUCACCCGAAGAUGAAGAUCAGCCCAAAAGUCACCCACUUGACAAUCGAUAUAUGCAGGUGCAAGAAGAACAGCAAGAGUUGCAGCGUCAGCAGGCAUGUCUGCAUGCCUGGAACAAUCUACAGGAAGACAUACAUCAGCUGCAGGAACUCUUUAUUGAGUUCAAUAAAAUUGUAGAUGAUCAAAAGGAAUUGGUAAAUAUAGCAGAAGAUAAUAUUGAACUGACAAGCAUAAAUGUCACAAAAGGUGAACAGUUCCUUUCAAAAGCUGCAAGGUACAAAGUUGCUGCAUACCCCUUAGCAGGAGCUUUAAUUGGUACUUGUGUUGGUGGACCUAUUGGUCUAAUAGCGGGACUAAAAGUUGGUGGACUUACGGCAAUAGGUUGUGGUAUUUUAGGAUUUACUGGAGCAUCAUUUCUUAAGAAAAAGGAAAUAGAAUUACAAAAUUCAAGAAACCCCACACAGCAUAGAUUGACAGAACAAAAAUCUAUACAAAAAUCAACAUCCUUGCCUGAAAGCUCGACUGAAAGCAAGAAAGAAUUGUGACCCAUGCAGAAAUGCAAUAUUGGCAUAAAAAAGAAGAAUGCUUGUAGUUUUAUAUAAUUCUAAAGGAAUGACAAAUUAAUGUAUAUCUUCUACAUUAACGAAUAUCUAUCCAAUUUUGUAAAUAAAACUGGAGGACAUUAAGCAUUAUCAGUGAUAUUACAAUUAAACAUUUGAAGGAAAAUGGCUUGUGAUAUGUUAUAAAAAACUGUGUGUUAAACGACUUAAAUCAUAUAUGUAUACUAGAAACUAGGAUGUGCUAAACAUUUGUGUGAAAAAUUGCAAAAUGUUCUGCAAGGAUCAGUUCUCAUUUUUUAUAUCAAAAUGUUACUUAUAGCAAAGUGAGAUAUAUUAAAUCUUAUUAUAGAUCUUAAGCGAUCAGUUUUGACGUGUAAUGAAGCACGACGGUUACAAUAACCUAACCAAAUGUGAUAGUUUAAGAGAGGUUAUCGCGAAUGUUACGUCGAAUAUUUACAUAACAAAAAUUAUGUAUUUCUAUCGAUAAUUGACACUUACCCCAAUGUGAAAACGUUUUAUAUUUCCCUUCUCUGGAGGAUUAAUGUAGUGGAACGCGGUGUCACUCAAUGAAAACAAAUUUUGUACGCUUCUUACUCGUUUACACAGAACGUUACGUGUCAGUUGUACACAAAAGCUGAGAGCCUACAAUUGCUUGUAUAUAACGUUUGCAAAUAAACUGUUUGACA